CAAAAGAGGAAACCACCUUGUCCCUCACCAAAACCUGUACCCAGUGAGACAUGUCACUUUACAAGUCACUUCAAAGUCAUGAUGCGAGGUAGCUCAUCAUUCUCCUGGAAGAUUAUUCACUGAACACUGGGUUUUUGGUUGUAUUCAGAAAUGAUCCCGCUCAAAAACACGCAAUAUGUGCACUUCCUGCAGCAGGCAGAUGUUUUACGUCGCUCAGGGUCACUCUGCGAUGCCAUAAUCUCGGUAAAGAGUCAAACUUUCAGGGCUCAUCGGCUAGUACUGGCUUGUGCUAGCAGAAGACUAGCACAGCAGCUUGCUCUAGGAGACAUGGACAGUCCUUUCCACUGCACACUGGAGUGUUUCUCACCCCACACCUUCCAGCAAGUUCUGGACUUCACCUACAAACAGACUCUGGAGGUAUCUGUGGAUGACCUGCACCUGCUACUGAGAGCUGCUCAGCUGUUGGAGAUGCAGCAUCUGGAGGACCAGUGCCGAAAGCAGCUAGACAGUCUACACCACAGAGCCAGAGAGGAGAAUAACAGAAGUGAAAUCACACAUGUCAAAGAAGAAAAAGAAAGUGUAAAUGGGACAAAUCAAAAGCAAAGAGGAAGUCCAGUUCAAGCGGAGAAACUCAGAGAGACUUCUCCCUCAAUGGAUAAGACAUGCAACAGCACUAUCAUGGAAAACGUGUCAGCCUUUGAUCCUGCUAAGACCCACAACGGUCCACUCUCCCCAAGAAAGAAGCCCAGAACGUCCCCAGUGUCAGCAACACCCUAUAACAGAGAGAGUGUUAUUACCGGGCCUGCCAACAGCAGAACGUCUUUACCUGACAUGUGGAACUCUGUGAGCACCCUGAGGCGUAUAGCCUAUUCGAACCUAGUCGCAGCUCACCCACUUCAGCCCUCAAACCAGUCCUCUAUAGCAUACCCGUUCUCCCUCACCGCUCACCACAUGUUUCCCCUUCUUGGCUCCCAUUUUCAAAGCACUUUCAUGGGGUACCCAGGCUUUCAUCCAGGUUAUACACAAAGCCUUGCUGGAUCCACAGGAAUGGGGAGCAUAAUCAAGCAAGGUCUGUUGAAAAGGAAAAAACCCAGCCAGAGAGUAUUUACUGGGACCAUUCAAAACGGUGAGCAAAGUUACCAUGAUGUACCUAAAGCCAGCACAAGCUUCCUUGGUGAUCCAGUACUGCAACAGUCAUCCUCCAAACCAUCAGCUGAGGCUUUUGCAGGUUGUCAGUUCAGUGCAAGAGGAGAGGUUGCACAGCAUGAACUGCAAUCCCAUCUACAAGAACACAGAGGAGAAAAACCCUACCACUGCCAACACUGUCCCAAGAAGUUUAGUCUGAAACACCAACUGGACACACACCAUCGAGUUCACACCGGAGAGAAACCCUUUGAAUGUCGUCUCUGUGGUCAACGCUCACGAGACUACUCAGCUAUGAUCAAGCACCUGCGGACUCACGGCGGGGCCAUGCCUUACCGGUGCACAAUCUGCCAAGAGUUCUCCAGUAGCCUGGUUGCCAUGCAGAGACACCUAAAGAGCCACUCAAUGCAAGACUUUCCGACUGACUGGACCAUCAGCAGCACCUACCAGUACAUCUCACACAUCUGAGGCAAGCAUCACAACACAGACUCCUCUGUCAAAAAGACAAAGUUCUCAUAGCUUUAGUUUGGGUCUGCCUUGUAUCAUCAUUACAUUUAAGUAACAAAGCAAAACAUCAGUUUUUCUAUCAGAUAAAGUUUUGAACUUACAAUUAUACAUGGACUGAUCAAACCAGGAUCACAUGUUGCAAUAGCUUUCAUACAAACUGCUCUGUAUUAACAAUCGCAACUAUAGAACAGCACUAAUUUCCGAUGGCAUUUGAGAAUAGCUACUUAAAGAGUCAACAUUAGGCCAUGUACAUGCAUUAAAGCCACAUCUGCAGCUCAGCCUCAUCAAAUGACGCAGGCAUUUUCCCUCUUACUUUCAUAAUUAUUGGACUACUUGAGUAAACUUUGUAAGUUUGAGCAAGGUUUAUGGCGCCCUCAGGAGGGCAAAUAAUAUAACAGUUAGUUUUGUGUUCUGAAUUAGUGCUCGCAAAUGCCUGUCAAAAUGUAAGCAGUGGCUAAGAUAUAGUGUUUGCAGGGUUUUUAUUGCUGGAACUGUCUGGAUUCAUUGAUCCAGUUUUGAAAGAAUUCUACAUUUGUCAAUGCCAUGAUGCCUUAUAAAAAAAGAAAAACUUGAUUUUUCUCUCGUGAACCCAGAAGUCUUCAUAUGCAUGUGUAUGCAGCAUGUAACCAUGCACGUUGCUUCACGGAGCUUUCAGGACUUUCCACUGAAUGCUCUUUGUUGGUUUGUACAGCAUUAUCUUAAUGUGCAGGGAGGUAGAAAAUAAACGUUUAACUCAUGUUUCA